UGCAGAAGAAGACGCCAGUUGCAGGUACAACUUCAGAGAAGAAGAAGAAACAUGAGUAGUGUCAUGUAAUCAUAACAUGACCAAGGUUAACCUGAAGAUACUGGAGAAAACUAUGAUUGACAUUUGACAAAAACAGUGUGUCAUCUUAUCUCGGUCGCGAUGAGCGUCCCCUGUUUCUUGUCCUCCACCGCCCGAAGCUUCAACCUGCCGUGUCCCGCCGCUGGUCUGCUCUGCUGCCGGCUGCUAGGCCACCGCUCCGUCACCAGAAGAAAUAUGUCCUCCAAAAGACAAAUGGACCAUCUAGAGAGGACAGCGAACAACUCCAGACAAAAUGCUCUGUACCCAGCUCAAGUAUGUGGAAUCAUAAAUGAGUCAGAGACAGUAAAACGUUUGAGGAUAGCCGUGCAUCCAGACUUCAGCUUCAAAGCGGGACAGUGGGUUGAUUUCUUCAUCCCUGGCGUGGAGAAGGUGGGAGGCUUCUCCAUGUGCUCCAGCCCGGGUUUGCUGCAGCGGGAGGGGGUCGUCGAACUGGCCGUAAAAUACACCAAACACCCCCCGGCAUACUGGAUCCACACUAUGUGUACAGUGGGCUCCCGGGUGGCCAUGCGUGUCGGCGGGGACUUCUUCUUCGACCCGUCACCUUCUGACCCCUCGGUGGAUUUGCUGCUGGUUGCCGGGGGUGUAGGGAUCAACCCUCUGUACUCCAUUCUGCUGCACACCACAGAUCUCCUGCAUCUCAACCAAGCCUCAGGUGGUCGGGACUACAACAUAGGCUCUGCUCACCUAUGCUACAGCGCCAAGAACACCCAGGAGCUGCUCUUCAAGAGCUCCAUCAUCGAGGCGUGUCGGGAGUUCCCUGACAAGUUCUCCUGUGACUUCCACGUCACGCAACAGAGCACAGAUGUCGACCCACACCUCCAGCCAUUUCUCAACCGUGGGAGAAUCACAGAGGAGGAGUUGCAGGCUCAUGUGGACCCACAGAGGACUUUGUGUUACCUGUGCGGGCCCCCGCCCAUGAUCGAAGCAGUUUCAAAAACCCUCACGGACCUCGGCCUCUCGAAAGACCGGAUCCUCUUUGAGAAGUGGUGGUAGAGCCUCUGACAGCUCCCACUAAUCAACAGGGUUGUCCUCCUGGCUCUCGAUUCCUUUUGCAGUGCUCAGGGAGGAGGAUGUAUGGGGUGUGGCGAGAAUGGAAAGCAACUGAAAUGUGAUGUGGACGUUAAUGCAAGCGCUCGAGCAACUGAGGAAAUUCAUCCUCCGCUCCCUGCUGCUACCUGAUCUGCGAUAGACCGCUGGGGACCGCCCACUCUUCAGCUAGCAGCUGACUUACAACAAUAGAGAUGCGUUUUAUUCCAUAUUAUCUUAACAUUAUUAUCCUGACUGUAAAAUCAUUGAUUUUAUGACAUUUCCAGCUCACUGCCUCGCUGAAAACUUCAAUGUCCCCUUCACAAGCAUGAUGGACACAUUUUGAUUCAGAUGAUACAUACCUUCGAGUUCAGUUUAUAUUCCUUAAUAUUCAGUUUCCAGCCUAUACUUGGCUUGACUGAGGUUCUGCUUAAACAAACACAUACGUGAUGUUUAGUUUUAUGUACAAUUUCCACCUAAAUGUUUUACGCACCUUUUAACCUAUGCAUGUCUUAAAGGAAUAGUUUGACAUUUAUUCACAUUCCUGCCAAGAGUUAGAUUAGAAGAUUGACACCACUCUGUCGGCUAAAUAUAGAGCCGCAGCCAGUUAGCUUAGCUUAGCAUAAAGACCAUAAACGGGGAAAUGGGUUACAAAAUCUGCCUACUGCACCUCUAAAGCUAUUCAAUUAAUGUGUCAGGUCUGGUUUGUUUAAUCCAUGCAAAAAACUGUAAAACUGACAUCUUCUGGCUUUAUGCGAGUGGGGGUCAAGUGCUGAACAAGCUCCAUGAAGUCAGUGCACCUGUACAAUAAGUAUUUAACUGCAUGAAAUUGCAACUUGUUUUUACUUUUUUGUACAGAUCAAAUAAAUUAGAUAUAAUAUGUUCAAUAGCCAGGCUAGCAGUUUCCCCGUUUCCAGUCUUAAUGCUAAGCUAGCCUGUUGUUGGCUGCACCUUAAUAUUUAUAUUCCUUGUGUAAGUCUCAGCAAGAAAGUGAAUGAGCAAAUUUUUUAGAAUGUCAAACUAUUGCUUUAAAAUCUCUAGAACAUAAAGGAAACAAUAGUGCAAACAAUAGCAACGUGUACUGUUAUUUUACACUGUACAUCAGUGUUGGAGUGACUCAUUUUCAGAAUACCUCUAAUACUAACUUGAUAAAAUGUUUUGUAAGAAGUGUUAUACCAUGUGUAUUUAUACUUUGUGAAAUAACUUAGAGCUAUUUAUUUGCAGAACUGAAGAUUUGUUUGACUGAUAAGUUACAAUGGAGUGAUUGUUUCUACAUUUUACUCACAUGCAAACUUCGCACCACUUGGUGUAUUUUUAGUCAAAUAUUUAACAAACUCCCACAUAUCAACCAGUGUCCCAGCCUGUUUCACUCACUUACACUAUUAUAUGCAUACACAGCGCGUCUCACACGCAUCCACAAACCCAUGAACGGUUUCUCAUCCCAGGGUGGAGUGAGUAUCCCAUGGUGCACUGUAAUGGAACCUCCAGGUGGUCUCUGAUUGGCUUGGAUCGCUGAACAUCCCUCGGAGAUGGUUGCGAGCUUCUUGCCAUCGUCUCUCAGUGGGGGUUACACCGUUGAGACUCAUUUUCGAGUUGUUUCUGCGUUCCUUCCUCAUAUGAGGAAAACUUUAUGCUGGCAACAUGAGAUUUAGAGGAAAUAAAAGAAAUUGAGUCAA